AUUUAUUCGAGUCCAUAAGCCAAUCAUCCGGCACAUCCUCAAGGCCAGCAAGUGUCACCCUUCCCAUCCUGCAUCGACCUUCGAUAAUUCAAAAUGGUCCGCGUCUCUGUUCUUAAUGACUGCCUUAACAACAUUGUCAAUGCUGAGCGCCGGGGAAAGCGCCAAGUCCUUAUCAGACCGUCCUCGAAGGUUAUUGUGAAGUUCCUCUCUGUCAUGCAGCGCCAUGGCUAUAUUGGUGAAUUCGAGAUCAUCGAUGACCACCGUUCUGGCAAAAUUGUGAUCCAGCUCAACGGCCGGCUCAACAAGACGGGUGUCAUUUCACCACGUUUCAAUGUCCAAGUGAACCAGAUCGAGUCCUGGGUUAACUUGCUCCUCCCUGCCCGUGGUUUCGGGAAAAUUAUUUUGACGACUUCAUCGGGAAUUCUUGAUCACGAGGAGGCUCGUCGCAAGAACGUCGGUGGGAAGCUUCUGGGAUAUGUCUACUAGAGUUGUAUGCUAUGUCGCCCUAAAAACCAUGCCAUGCAUACUAUGCAUGUUUACUGAGCCCAGAUGA